UCUUGUACUUUCAAAGGUAUACGACCAACACGGUUCCAAGAUGCAUUCUAUUAAAAUUCAUAAAUUAAUUGCCGUGAUAAUUGCAUUCCUUCAUCGCUAUGAUUUUUGGCAUCAGGGCGAUAAGCCUGCUACUGCCAGACAACUCAAAACUAAGUCGUUUUAUUGCAUCUACUAUUUUAUGAGCGUCAUUGCGACAUCCAUGGGAGCAAUUAAAAAUGAAAAGGUUGAGCAAACGAUAUUCUUAACUGAAGUGUCGAUUGGUGUUGCAGUUGAUGUAGUUAAACUUUGGAUUUUAAUUUGGAAGCAGAACGAAAUUCAGGGAUUGUUGAAACGGAUUUGUGAAUUUGAGGUUCGAAAUGAUGAGGACUACAAUGCUUACAACGACAAACUGGGGAGAUUCGUGAAAUUUUUGAUUGUAUUUCUAAUUGCUGUAUUUGUUUGCUCUUUUAUACAGUCUGUAUUUAUACCGGCCUUUGGAAGUGAGAAAAUUUUAUUUUUCGAAAUUGCAUUUCCGUUAGAUUAUAGAAACAAUGAAGUGGCAUUCUGGAUGGCAACGGUUUUCCUAUUCACUGAAACUGUGUUAACGAUAAUCGCAGUGUUUUUUUCCAUAUUAAUUUGGUACUUAUUACUAAAUUGUUCGUUGAGAUAUGAAGUGUUGGCAAGCGAAAUGAGGAAUAUGGGGAAAAUUAUGGACAGCAAAAAAGGUCAAAAUGUGAUCGUUACUUCUAUACAGAAGAGUUUUGUCGAUGACCUAAAAGCUUCAAUCAACGUUCACCUUCACUUAACUGAAUUGACCAACGAAUUGGGUUCCUUCUGUUCGGACAUAUUUUUCAUUCAAUUUGGCACCAGCGGCCUAUGCAUUUGCGGAUCCAUAUACAGCCUAGCAUUUGAUAUCGGUGAUAAUGUGUGGGAACGUUGUGUGUAUUUGUUGCUGUUCAUUUACGUCGUUGCCGAACUGUUUAUGAUUACGUACUUUGGGAAUGAGAUUAUGCGGUCAAGCAAUGGUCUCUCUUACAGUUUAUUUGAAUCAGACUGGUACAAUCAGCCACAAGCAACCAGAAAGUGUGUCAUAAUUUUUGGUGAAUAUUUGAAGACACCACAGGUGCUGCUAAUUGGCAAGUUGUACCAGUUAACUUUGGAGACAUUCACUAAGAUUUUCAACUCGGCCUACAGUAUGUUCAACAUUUUGAAAAAUUUUAAAAAUUAA